AACUGAGACGAUGGCGGCGGCGGCCCGAGCGGUGCUGUUUUCUGCGGCGCGGCGGCAGCUCUGCGGUUUCACAGAGAGGCUCCUGAUCCGGGGCGCUGCUGGGAGGUCAUAUUUUGGAGGAAACAGAUUGAGAAGUACACAGGCUGCUACACAAGUUGUUCUGAAUGUUCCUGAAACGCGAGUAACCUGUUUGGAGACUGGACUAAGGGUGGCCUCUGAAGACUCUGGGCUUUCAACACGCACAGUUGGGCUCUGGAUUGAUGCUGGAAGUCGAUAUGAAAAUGAGAAGAACAAUGGAACAGCUCACUUUCUGGAGCAUAUGGCUUUCAAGGGCACCAAAAAGAGACCCCAGUUAGAUCUGGAACUUGAAAUUGAAAAUAUGGGUGCUCAUCUCAAUGCCUAUACCUCCAGAGAGCAGACUGUAUAUUAUGCCAAAGCAUUCUCUAAAGAUUUGCCAAGAGCUGUAGAAAUUCUUGCUGAUAUAAUACAGAACAGCACAUUGGGAGAAGCAGAGAUUGAACGUGAACGUGGAGUAAUUCAGAUGCAGAAAGUUGAAACCAAUUUACAAGAAGUUGUUUUUGAUUAUCUUCAUGCCACAGCUUAUCAAAAUACUGCACUUGGACGGACACUUUUGGGACCAACUGAAAAUAUCAAAUCUAUAAAUCGUAAGGACUUAGUGGAUUAUAUAACCACACAUUAUAAGGGGCCAAGAAUAGUACUUGCUGCUGCUGGAGGAGUUUCCCAUGAUGAGCUGCUUGAGUUAGCAAAAUUUCAUUUUGGUGAAUCUUUGUCCACACACAAAGGAGAAAUACCAGCUCUGCCUCCGUGCAAAUUCACAGGAAGUGCGAUUCGAGUGAGGGAUGACAAGAUGCCUUUGGCACACCUUGCAGUAGCUGUUGAAGCUGUUGGUUGGGCACAUCCAGAUACAAUCUGUCUCAUGGUUGCAAACACACUGAUUGGCAACUGGGAUCGCUCUUUCGGAGGAGGAAUGAAUUUAUCUAGCAAGUUGGCCCAGCUUACCUGUCACGGCAACAUCUGCCAUAGCUUCCAGUCUUUCGAUACUUCCUACACAGAUACAGGAUUGUGGGGAAUCUAUAUGGUUUGUGAACCAGCCACUGUUGCAGAUAUGCUACAUGUUGUUCAAAAAGAAUGGAUGUGACUAUGUACAAGUGUCACUGAAAGUGAAGUUGCACGAGCCAAAAAUCUUCUGAAAACAAACAUGUUGCUGCAACUUGAUGGUUCCACUCCCAUCUGUGAAGAUAUAGGUAGGCAGAUGCUUUGCUAUAAUAGAAGAAUUCCCAUCCCUGAGCUUGAAGCAAGAAUUGAUGCUGUAAAUGCUGAGAUAAUUCGAGAAGUGUGUACCAAAUAUAUUUAUGAUAAGAGUCCAGCUGUUGCUGCUGUUGGUCCUAUUGAGCAACUACCAGAUUUUAACCAGAUUUGCAGUAACAUGCGCUGGCUUCAUGAUUAAAAAUGCUCCUAAUAAACAUUUGGAACAUUAUAAAACUGAGACCCGUAAGUCAUAAAGAAAAAAAAAAUCUA